AUGGAUCCCUGUGUCAGAGUGAAAUUUGCAGCACUCGGAACGGAUAAUGUUGUACGUAACCCAACACCCAUCAUUCGUCGUCUUCUUCAGUGCUGCAGUUUUCUCAGCUCCAUUCCACGAUCCUAUCCACUCAUCUGGAUCGAGAAACUGCAAUCUGAGAGCAUUGCUCUCUUGCAGUUAGCCAGUGCAAGGAUGCUGCCCUGGGCAAGAGCAAACCUCAACCACGCAGCUCAAGCACUCAUUAUCUCAACAGUUGCUGGAGCAGCUUAUUUCAUAGUUGCUGACAAGACUGUCUUGGACACGGCUAGGCGGAACUCCUUCAAGCAAAUCUCCAACAUUGAGGCAUGAACUCAAAAAACUAGACAAGAAGCUAAUAUGGCUUCCAUUUCGACCCAACUUGUAUCUGAGUGAACUAGAAAGCAGAACUCCAUCUUGUUUCA